AGAUUCUUCAAGAACGGUUAUACCAAGAAUCCUCUCUUGUACUUCUUUCUUGAUCUUGCUCGGAGAAUCACUGCUGGGAGACAUGCCUCGCAAGAAGCAAGCAAAUCCACGAAGAUCAGGUCCAUAUGGUAAUGGUACUGUAGAAGUACUAGAAGCUCCGAGGACGCAAAUCGCCGUGGAGCCACCGAUAAGCAACGAUGUAGACGCAAACGAUUUAGAUAAUUUGGGUGAAGAAUCUGAACAUGAAGCUGAGGCUGAUCACGAAGUACUUGAGGCUGAUCAUGAAUCUGAAGCUGAGGCUGAUCAUGAAUCUGAAGCUGAGGCUGAUCAUGAAUCUGAGCCUGAAGCUGAUCAUGAAUCUGAGCCUGAAGCUGAUCAUGAAUCUGAGGCUGAGGCUGAUCAUGAACCUGAACCUAUCCCUGAACCUGUUGAGCCUCCUCGUCUUCGUGAGAUUCGCAAAUAUCAGAGUACUUCCGAUCUGCGCGUUUCCAGAGUCUUGUUCGUGAAGUCGCCGAAAACUAUAGGCCCGAUUUGAAGUUUCAGAGCCAUGCAAUACUUGCAUUACAAGAAGCUGCUGAAGCCUUUAUUGUGGGUUUUUUUGAAGACACCAAUCUAUCUGCGAUUCAUGCUAGGAGGGUGACGAUCAUGCGCAGGGACAUGGAACUGGCCAGACGGAUUCGUGGCAAACGCCAUUGAAUCACCUGUUGAUUAUGGGAGAAUUUUCUUGUACAUAUUGUUACUGGUUUUAUAUUUUCCGAUGUGGUUUUAUAUUUUCCAAUGGGUGAGAUGGAAUCAAGUAUACAGAUUGGGAUUCAUACUCGACAAAACCCUUUUGGUGUAUUUCUUUCUCUGAUUGAUUCAUGAGAUCUUCUGUUUUGGGGCUCGUUACUAAAAAAAUCUGUUUCGCAAA